AGAAACCGGCGGAGGCACCAAGGCGACGGUGUCAAUACAAAAGCGAUUAAAAAAAACCCUCACGCUCUAAUUAGAUAAAAAUAAAAACAUUAACCGGUUUAUAUUUCAAUAAUUGUAUAAUUUCUACACAGAAAUGUUCGUCCUAAAGAAAAUGGAUAUUCUUUAGUCGAGGGUGAAUCAGGUCGUUAACACCCUGCUACUGGCACACAUCUGGGACAACCCCUUCUGUUUACCUCCUUGGUUGGCACAGCACAUGUGUUUUUCAUGAAGAGAGAAGACAGACCCGAAGGAUACAGGCAAAUGCGGCCCAAGACGUUCCCGGCGAGCAACUACAGCGGCAACAGUCAGCAGAUGAUGUUGCAUGAGAUCCGGGAGAGCCUGCGGAACAUCUCGCAGUCCCGGCCCUCGGAUGCUCUCAAGGUAGAGGCCCAAGGUCGCAGCACCAACCAUAAGAACCCCCACCACAAAGCCCUGCAGGAGAUCCGCGAGUCACUCAAGCCCUUUAAAAACGCCCCCGAGGUCAACGUUCAGAUGCUGCAGGAGCUGUUGGCUGCAGGGUUUGAAGAGGAGAUGGUGAUCUGGGCUCUAAAGCAGACCAACAGUCGCAGCUUGGGGGCAGCUUUGGAGUACAUCAGUAAGAUGAACCACCAGGACCCGGGGAGAGACCAGAUGGGAGGUGCAGCAGCACGCACAGCUAAUACAGCUAUCAAAGCAGCUGGCCCCUCACCCAUUCAGCAGCCAGUUCUGCGGCGGCCAAGCUGGAAGGGCUCCAAGGAAUCUUUGGCCCCUCAGCGGCACAGCGGUCUGUACCGCUCAAACAGCCCCAGCCCUCAGCCUGACCUCCCUCGACCUUCGACUUUUCCCCAGGGUCACGCAGCUGGAGUUGGUGGUCAGCGGGUAAAUCCUCCACCUUCCUCAUGGGAUUCAAACCCUGUUACCAAACGCUACUCUGGGAACAUGGACUACCUCGCACCUCGCAUCUCACCCAUCCCCCAGGGGCCAUGGACCGAGAGUUACGCAAACCCUCCUGCCCAGGCGCAGCGGGGCAUCAGCCCUGUGCCCAUGGGGCGCCAGCCCAUUAUAAUGCAGGGAUCCGGAGGAAAUAAGUUUAACUUCCCUCCCUCCUGGCCCCAGAAUGGCUCUGCACCAGUGGACUAUGGCAUGGGCAUGGUGGGAAGCAGCAGGCAGCCUCCACCUCCCCCUCCAUACCCUCUAGCUCAGGCGAGUGGGCACAGUCCUACGGCGCAGCAGAUGCAGGUGCCCAACCGCAACAGUCACAACCUGGAGAUGUAUAACCUGGGGGUCCUUGCCCAGUCUAGACCUUCAUCACAACCUACUUCUUCCUCUGGAAAUGGCAACAGUCCAGAUAUUCCUUCCCCAUCUUGGCCUCACAACAUGCCAGCACGCUCUAACUCGUUCGCUAAUGCUGCACCAGGCACACGUCAGUGCUCACCGGCAGCCAGCUCGCAGCCUUCCGCUACCACUGUCACAGCCAUCACACAGGCACCCGUCUUACAGCCAGUCAAGAGCACACGUGUUCUCAAACCUGAGCUGCACACAGCUGUCGCACCAACGCACCCACCUUGGCUUCAGCAGCAGCAACAGCCACCACCUCCACCCUCUCCAUAUCAGGAAUCUUCCAUGCCUGCAUUGGCCGUGUCCCAGAUGCCAGUCUCAGAGGUACCCAGCUACCAAGGCCCCCCACCUCCAUACCCCAAGCAUCUCCUGCAGCAGCAGCCACCUGCUUCAUGCUCUGCAUACAUGAAGGAAGACGAGGGUGCCGAAGACGAGACAGACAAUGCCAGUACUUGCUCCAGUGAACGUACAGAUGGCUUAGAGACCGUUGCGUGCAGCACAGAGCGGGAAAAGAAGCAGAUCACCACGUCUCCGGUACCGGUGCGGAAGAACAAACGGGACGAAGAGCGCCGGGGGGAGGGAAGGGUGCAGCUUUACUCACCGCAGGCCUUCAAGUUCUAUAUGGAGCAGCAUGUGGAGAACAUUCUGAAGAACCACCAGCAAAGAAUACGUCGCCGAAAGCAACUGGAGAACGAGAUGCAGCGGGUCGGUUUGUCCGAGGACGCCCAAGAGCAGAUGCGCAUGAUGCUGUCGCAGAAAGAAUCCAAUUACAUCAGACUGAAGCGUGCCAAAAUGGAGAAAUCCAUGUUUGAAAAGAUCAAGACACUGGGCGUGGGUGCAUUCGGUGAGGUGUGUCUGGCACGCAAAGUAGACACGGGUACACUGUAUGCCAUGAAGACACUGCGCAAGAAGGACGUGCUCCUCAGGAACCAGGUGGCGCACGUCAAGGCCGAGCGGGACAUCUUAGCCGAGGCGGACAACGAAUGGGUGGUGCGGCUUUAUUACUCCUUCCAGGACAAGGACAACCUGUACUUUGUCAUGGACUACAUCCCCGGUGGUGAUAUGAUGAGUCUGCUGAUCCGGCUAGGCGUGUUCACCGAGGAGCUGACGCGAUUCUACAUCGCAGAGUUGACCUGCGCCGUCGAGAGCGUGCACAAGAUGGGCUUCAUUCACCGCGACAUCAAGCCAGACAACAUCCUGAUAGACCAAGAAGGCCAUAUCAAGCUCACAGAUUUUGGCUUGUGCACAGGUUUCCGCUGGACCCACGACUCCAAAUACUACCAGAGCGGUGAUCAUGUGAGGCAGGACAGUAUGGAUUUCAGUAAGGAGUGGGAGGACCCGUCGAACUGUCGCUGUGGAGAUCGGCUCAAACCGCUGGAGAGGCGGGCGGCGAGACAACAUCAGCGCUGCCUGGCACACUCCUUAGUUGGCACACCAAACUACAUCGCCCCAGAGGUGCUCCUGCGCACAGGUUACACACAGCUCUGUGACUGGUGGAGCGUGGGCGUGAUUCUGUACGAGAUGUUGGUCGGACAGCCUCCUUUCCUGGCUACGACUCCUCUGGAGACUCAAAUGAAGGUGAUAAACUGGCAGACGGCUUUGCACAUCCCUGCUCAGGCCAAGCUGAGUGCCGAAGCGUCCGAUCUGAUUGUAAAGCUGUGCCGCGGGCCCGAGGACCGGCUGGGCAAGAACGGGGCUGAUGAGAUCAAAGCGCAUGCCUUUUUCAGGAGCGUGGACUUCAGCGUGGACAUGCGGCAACAGCCACAUCCGCCGCCCCACGUGCCCAAGAUCGCCCACUGUACAGACACGUCUAACUUCGACCCCGUGGACCCAGACAAGCUCUGGAGCGACGAUGGCAACCACAAUGACACUCUGAGUGCCUGGUUCAGAAAUGGCAAGCACCCAGAGCACGCUUUUUAUGAAUUCACCUUCCGCCGCUUCUUUGAUGACAACGGCCACCCGUACAGCUGCCCCAAGCCCAUUGACUAUGAGGACUCUGGAGAGGAGGAAGGGGAGGAGCUCCAGAGACAAGCCCAUGGACAGGGACGGGGCCUGGUCUAUGUUUAGCAUUUUUAAUUACACUACAUGGAAAAGCAUCACUAUUAUUAUAUGUCAGAGCAGGGAUGGGACCUGGUGGGACCUCUGUGUGUGUGUGUGUGUGUGUGCGCGCGCGUGUGUGUGUUUUUGUGUUAGUCUUUCUGUGUGUGUGUGUGUGUGUUUGUUUGUGUUAGUCUUUGUGUGUGUGUGUGUGUGUACAGAAUUUUCUGAAUAUAUAGACUGGAUAUUGUUGUGUGUGUGUGUGUGUGUGUGUGUGUGUGUGGUUGUGUUCAGCCUCCCACCUGUUUGUAGAUGUACGUUUUUAAGGCUGCGGUUGUGUAUAAUUUAUUCCAUGUUCACGUUGCACUUUGAUCAGUGCUGUUUGAACAAACAAGGAUUUAAAUGAAAAUCUGUUCUGAUGCCGUUUAAAGCCUUAAUUUAUUAAAACCCUUGAGGACUCUAGUGGAAAACACUAGCAAUUAUGCCUUCUUCACCAAUGUCAUGUUAAUUUAUGAUCGAGGAGAUCAGGGAUCGAUGAAAUCAUUAACUCUUUCUGUCGCUGUGCCUUUUAUUUUACACUCUUUCACCAAAAACACGAGGGGAAGUAGAAUGUUAGCCAGUCAAGUGAACUGACACUAGAUUAUCCAUAGAGCGUUCUGUGAAUUGUAUUAUUAGCAUUUUGUGUAUUUUCUAAUUUAUACACUUGAAUGUAUUUAUAAAUGAUGUACUUUUUUUUUUUUUUUUUUUUGUUCAAUUGUGUUGGUGUAGGAAAUAAAUCCAAG